GAUGUUAAACGACGCGAAAUAAACCAGUGUUGACGAAGUUGAUUAUUGAAUGUGAUAUGAAUGUUUUGUGUUUAAAUUUACAGUAAUAUCAUUAAAUAUGCCAAUCUUGGAUAAGAGAAAAGGAGAUGAUAUUUUAGCGCUAGUUCCAGCUUCAAAAAGGACGAAAAAUGAGGUCGUAUUCAGUAGCAGAGAAAAGGCAGUUGUGCAAAGUGGUCCACCACGAACAUCCUCCUUAAUGGCAAUGAUAAUGUUGCUCGAAGGACAUCAAGGAGAUAUAUUUUCCCUUGAAUUUCAUCCAGAAGGACAAUAUCUUGCAUCAACAGGAUUCGAUCGACAGAUCUUUAUUUGGAAUGUUUACGGAGAAUGUGAAAACAUUGCUGUUAUGUCUGGACACAGUGGAGCUGUGAUGGAGUUACACUUUAGUCCGGAUGGUAAUCAUCUUUAUACAGCUAGCACAGAUAUGACUCUAGGUUUAUGGGAUAUAGUAGCUGGAACACGUAUCAAGAAGUUGAAAGGCCAUACUCUGUUUGUGAAUUCUGUGUCUGGUGCACGAAGAGGACCGACAUUGCUUUGUUCAGGUAGUGAUGACAGCACAAUUCGUGUCUGGGAUCCAAGAAAACGUGGUCAAUGUUACACACUAAAUAAUACAUAUCAGGUGACUGCAGUGACAUUCAAUGAUACAGCAGAACAAGUUAUUAGUGGUGGUAUUGAUAAUGAUAUAAAGGUAUGGGAUCUAAGAAAAAAUGCAGUGCUUUACAAAUUGAAGGGACAUACUGACACUAUUACUGGAUUGAGUCUCAGUCCAGAUGGUUCAUAUGUGCUUUCUAAUGCUAUGGAUAAUACAUUGAAAAUAUGGGAUGUGAGGCCGUUUGCACCCUUUGAGCGUUGCGUGAAAAUAUUAUCCGGACACCAACACAAUUUUGAAAAGAAUCUUCUGAGAUGUGCAUGGUCACCAGAUGGUAGUAAAGUAUCGGCGGGAUCGUCAGAUCGAUUCCAUUAUAUCUGGGAUACCACGAGUCGUAGGAUCUUGUACAAAUUGCCGGGACAUAAUGGAUCUGUGAAUGACAUCGAUUUCCAUCCGAAGGAACCUAUAGUGUGUUCUGGAUCAAGCGAUAAACAGAUCUAUCUAGGUGAAAUUGAAACAUGAUGAAGCAAAUGAUAUUUACUCUGUUUAUAACAUGUAUAUGUAAGCGAAAUCUGUAAAAUUUUAUCAGUCACAGUAUAUUCAAAUCGCCAUUGAUAAUUUUA